AAUAUAAAUAGCCUAGUUUAAAAAUACUUGUUUUAUUAUAGUUAGUAAAAAUGCCAACAAUUAAUAAUCACACUGGUGGAAAUCAGACAACAGUAGUGUCGCUAAUAAUGUUACAUAUGUUUGCAUUCAUCGUAUUGUGUAAUUUGGGACUCUUUAUAACGGAGACAUCGGCCGCACAGAAGUUUUACCCCAACGGAAGGUAUGGCCGAAGAUCUGUUUUGCCUCCACUUAUGUCACUGGAUAAUACGGACGAUGCGAUCACUUUUAUAGGAAAUAUCGCACCGAAUAAUAAGCUACCGAAACGAAACCAAAUGACAGACCAGACCAUGACAUUACUCUGUUAUUAUACGGGUGUUUCCAAUCUAUUGAGAUGUACUCUCAGGUCCAGUAUGAUUUAUACAAGAGCCGUCAUCCGAGGCAUUGGAGAGAAGUAAUAGCGAGAGUCAACAGUAAUCAGUAAUCAGUCAACAAAUUCAAGUCUUGUGAACAUAAAGUCUAAAUUCUUGUCUUAUAUUCUAUUCUCAUAUACACUAUAUUAUAUAUACUGUAAUAACUUUUGAUCUUAUAUUAUAAUCAAACAAAUAAAUACUUAAUUUUUGGUCUUCUUUUAUUAUCAAC